AUGGCACGCCGCGCGUCCAAGUCGUCGCCUGCUCGCCCUCGCGCUCUCGCAGCCAGCGCCGACACAGCUGGUGCCCCUGCUAGCUCCGUAGGCGAAUCCGCCCCUGGGACCUCCUCUAGCGACUCUGCGGCAGCCGCGGCGGGGCCUUCGCCGUCUCAAGGGCAGCCCAGCAAACGUCUCCAGAAGCGCAAAGCGAGCGACGCCCCAGUUCCCCCAGCUAGUCGCACGGCACCGAACGAAGGAUCGUCGGUGGAGGUCGGCCCCACGGGUGAUCCAGCGGACCUCGUCGUCGCUUCCCAGUCGUCUCCAGGAGCGAACGCAAAGGGGCAAGAACCGGCACCGAGAUGCCAGGCCCCAGGCAAGCGCAAAGCUCGGAAGACGGCCGACCAUCAAACCGCAGCGCUGUCCAUUCGGCGGUCACGCUGGCGGCGGAUCCACCAUCAACGACCGAAGGUGGAGAUUUCCACCGGGAUCCAACUCGACGGCGCGCGCCAACUCCGGCGGAGUCUGCCGCUUUCCAUGAUGCUGGCCGCAGACAUCAGCGUCUGUGCUCGGACACUCGUACUAAGACCCUCACCGCCGCCUGGGCUUAACUUUCCGACGGACCCGUACCCUAUCGCCACCGGCCCUGACGAUUCCCCCACUUACCAGCUCAAUCGCCCCCUUCAACAAGCGAUGUCGGAGUUCGUUCGUAAGACUGGUAUUUCCCUCCCUCGAUUCGUGGAGCUGUUACGCGGCCAGACGAGCGAUGACUACCGACCUAACAAGGCCAUAAUUCCGGGUCAACUCACGGCAAACUGCUCGGAAUUCAAGGAUAUCCCUCAGCUAUUGAAUAUCGCGAAUAACGGUAUCCAGGUACGCCUCACCAAACCGCUACCCCGCCAGGCACACCCGCCUCAGAACCACCCAUCCGCUUGA